AUGGCGGAAAGCGAGUACGCGCCCAAGUUUUCUCCCUUCUUUUCCUUCCAGCUGCAGUAUGUAUCUCUGACGAACCGCAAGUUUGUGGGUAGCGCUAAUGAGCUCUCGAAGAUGAUCUUCGGGACACUGGGAGCCGCAUAUGGGACAGCAAAGGCCGGCAUCGCUAUUUCGGGUUCUUUGAUUCCUGUGAUCAUGUCGGGUAUUAUUGCUGUAUACGGUCUUGUUGUUGCUGUCGUUAUACAUGGAGAUUUGAAUCGAAGCGAAAGCCAGGCAUUGUAUACAGGGUUUAUGCAUCUUGGAGCAGGUUUGUCUGUUGGGUUUACAGGUCUCGCCGCUGGUUACGCAAUUGGAAUAGUUGGCGAUGCUGGUGUGCGUGCAUACAUGCAACAGUCCCGCGUGUAUGUGGGGAUGAUCCUCAUUUUGAUUUUUGCUGAAGUUCUCGGACUCUACGGUCUGAUUGUUGGAUUGAUCCUCAACUCGAAAUCUAGGGCUUGA